GACAGUCUGUUCUUGCCACCCAUUAGAGAGGCGCGAUACAGCGCUUCACCCCGCCCCCCAGCGCCAUCUUGCUGCGUGUGCGCUAGGGAGGGAGUGCUGAGCUGUAAGAGUGACUCCGAGCCGGCCCGGAGGAGCUGUUCCCGCCAUGCCGCACUACCAGACCUGGGAGGAGUUCACCCGUGCCGCCGAAAAGCUCUACCUCGCCGACCCCAUGAAGGUGCGUGUGGUUCUUAAAUACCGACACUGUGAUGGGAAUCUGUGUAUCAAAGUAACAGAUGAUGUAGUUUGUCUGCUAUAUAGAACAGACCAGGCUCAAGAUGUAAAGAAGAUUGAGAAAUUCCACAGUCAGCUAAUGCGACUCAUGGUAGCUAAGGAAUCCCGCAGUGCUGCCAUGGAAACGGACUGAAUUGCUGAAAAUAAAAUGAAAGCUCCAGUCAUAUUUCAUGGAAGAAAAUACCACUUGGAUUUGAGCAAACAUUGGGACAGGAGAUGUUUUAUGUAACAAAGUGGACUAUGAAAAGUCUGAAGCACUUUUUGCCCUACCCUAGACACCACUUCAGAUAACUAGGAAAAUAAAUGCUUUCAGUUGAAAGCCUCUAUUUAUUUUUGAAAAUUAAGCAAGAAAAAUAUAUCCUCCAUGGAAAACAUUCUUACAAGUUUUGCUUAACAUACUUUAACCUGUAAAUAUUUUCUUUUGUAAAUCUACAGUACUCUAAUUUGAAAGUGAAAGGAAAAAAGUGUAUCCCUCUGGAAAGUGAGAGCAUGUCUUCAUGUAGAUUAAAUUGAUCUUAUUUGCAUUCAUA